AUGGAUUGUUAUUUCAUUGACCUCAUGCUAGAGGAGGUUGGCAAGGGGAACCAGAUUGAUGAUCACUUAUUCAACAAACAGGCAUGGAUGCACAUGACAUCAUUGAUCAAUGCAAAAUUCAAAUUUCAAUAUGAAAAAGAUGUUUUGAAGAAUCGUCACAAGACACUGAGAAAUCUCUACAAGGCUGUAAAAAAUCUUAUUGACCAGAAAGGGUUCAACUGGGAUGAAACACGACAAAUGGUGACUGCUGAUAAUAAAGUUUGGGAUGAUUAUAUGAAGGUGCAUCCGAACUCUCGGUCAUACAGGAUCAAAACCAUACCAUACUAUAAAGAUUUUUGCGUGAUAUAUAAAAAUACAACUGUUGGAGGAAAAACUAAUAUGCCACUGUCAGAAACUGGUAGAGUGUUGGAAGGUUUAGAAUCUCUGGCUACUACUGUUGAUGAUGGAGAACUAGGUGACAAUUUGUUGGAAUUGUCAUCAAAUUCAGGUGUUAACACAAAAACUCUAUCAAGUACUGUUGAUGAUGAAGCUAGUAAGAGUGCGACACGUCAACCUGAAGCAGAUACUGACUCCAGGAUAGGUACUUGUUCAAGGACUUAUUGGCAACCACCAAUGGACCGUUAUUUCAUUGACCUCAUGCUAGAGCAAGUGCAGAAAGGGAAUCAAAUUGAUGAUCUGUUUCACAAACAAACCUGGACAAAGAUGAUUGCCUCAUUUAAUGCUAGAUUUGGAUUUAAGUAUGACAUUGAUGUUUUGAAAAAUCGAUAUAAAACUCUGAAAAGGCAGUAUAAUGUUAUAAAGAAUCUUCUUAACUUGAACAGGUUUUUCUGGGAUGAAACACGGCAAAUGGUGACAGCUGAUGAUCGUGUCUGGCAAGAUUAUAUUAUAGCACAUGAAGAUGCACGGCAAUACAUGACUAGACCAGUGCCAUACUAUAAAGAUUUGUGUGGGAUAUGUAGAGAAUUGGGCAGUGAUGGAAGAGACAGUGUCUCAGAUCAUAAUUUAGACCAACAAGACAAUAUCCCAGAAGUUAAGUUUGCUAGACCAUUGAACAAUUUUCAAUAUCCAGUUGAAUCAGUUUCUAGUGAAGAAGUGAAGAUCAAGCUGGGCAUGUCUAGUGCUCUUCGUGAGAUGGAAACUGCAGUUUCUUGUUUGGCAGAUAAGAAAAAGGAUGACGAGGACUCAUGCUCCAUAUCAGUAGAGAAUGUGAUAGAAGCAAUCCAGGCCUUACCUGACAUGGAUGAAGACUUUAUUUUGGAUGCUUGUGAUUUGUUGUAG